GAGAGACAGAGACAGAGACAGAGGGAGAGAGAGAGCAAUAACUUGUGUGAUCGUUUGGAGAGAGAGAAAAAAACACAGAGAGUGCAAAAAUGGCUGAAGGACAAGUGAUCAGUUGCCACACUGUUGCUGCAUGGGAUGAACAACUCCAGAAGGCCAAUGAGACGAAGAAAUUGAUGGUGGUUGAUUUCACUGCUUCAUGGUGCGGGCCUUGCCGUUUCAUUGCACCAUUCCUGGGAGACUUGGCCAAGAAACUACCUACCGUUAUGUUUGUUAAGGUGGAUGUGGAUGAACUGAAGUCUGUUGCUACUGACUGGGCUGUGGAGGCAAUGCCAACUUUCAUGUUCCUGAAAGAAGGGAAGAUUGUGGACAAAGUUGUGGGAGCUAAGAAAGAUGAGCUGCAGCAGACUAUUUCCAAGCACAUGAAUACGGCCGAAUAAAUUUAUUUCUAGUUUGCUUUUAUGGAGGCUAUGGACCUUCUUUUAUGCUUUAAACUGGAUCUAUGGUUUAUGUACAUUACAGACUCGUGCUUGAUCUUGUGAGUUUCUUGUUCUAUAAGAUGCACAAGUACUUCUAAACCAGGUUUCAGUGGUUUAUGUUGCUUUGUUUCUCAGUAAAAGUAAAUCCUUUAUGUGAUCAAAUAUAUAGAAUUGCCUGUUUUGCUGUUGCA